AUGCGUAAGGAUGCCAAAUGGAGAAAGCACAAAGACACUGUGGUCAAACUCGCCGGAGAUGUGUUGCAAGCCUUCGCCUCGUUGUUCCUGGUGGACCACACGUCGGUGUUUACGUGGGAGGAGCAAACAACUACACUUGUGUUCCAACACGGUAGUCUGGAUGUGAAGCAGCUGCACAAGCAAUGUCCAGUUCUACAGAGUACGAUAUCAACAUCACGACCUAGAUUCCUUCAGGUCCUAGAAGAUGUUGCGUUGGACUGCUCCAAAAGGACAAUCUCGCAAAAACGACGGGCAGCUGCCCUCAGGCUGCGGUGCUUCUUGUUGGAGACAUUGACAGCAGCCGUGGAAACGUCGGAGAGUACACACUCGUGUUGGACGUCGUUGAAUGUGAAGCAGCUUCUGCAACUGAGGAGUGCCGCUGGGUAUCGUCGUUCUUCACAUGUCUUUAAAGAAUCGAUGACUGCUACCUCCAGUGCCACACAGCGGACAUUGGUUUCCACUUUGGAAGGGCACACGUUCACCGUGGAGGACACACCCACGCAGGACGCCAAGAACGCGAAGAAAAAGACUUCCAUGGACGCACACCGGCUCACACGCAUGGAGAGGUACGCAUACCUGCAGGACGGCAAGCAGCAGUUCUUUUCGACGGACAUACUGUGUGUCGUUGCAGAUGCACUACACGUGGGCAGCGAGGAUUGGCUUAACAUCAUGGUGUACAAUCACACGAAGGGCAAGGUGCAGGACCACUCGUCGUGCUUAACGGCCGAAGAAUGGACCAAUAUGUGGAGCAGAGCAUCGCAGAAGUUUCUGGACGGUGACAAAACUCGUGGUUCUGCUCAUGAGGACACAGAAGAACGGGUGUCAACGCUGCAGUGGAUGCAGGACAUCAACCAUGGACUGAAACCCUUGGGAUGGUCAUUCGGGCGAUGUCAACUCAGAGCACAUGGACAGCCGUUUCGUGGCUCUGAGGACAGUACACGCGGUUCCCGGGCGCCCAUCAUCAUUUUGUGUACAGACCAGGAGUCCACGCAACUCGCCGCAGUCGCUUUCUUGAGGAACAAGAAGAACCUGUGGGUGGAACACGUGUCGGACCCAGCACAUCGGUCUCACAACGACGUGGCCUUGGCCAUGUCUGGAGCAGGACUUCUCAAAUUUGCACAGUGGUGCAUCUCGUUGUACAACAUCAGAUACGGACCGUGGCAGAAGGGCACAUGGUCCAAGAAGAUCCAGCAGACGGCCCAACACAUGAAGGACAGCAUGGACCCGUCGGACCCAGUUUUGCUCAUGUUCUUCGAAGACAUAUUGCUGGACGCUGGUCUCCCACUGGACAAUAACACGGAGGAGACGCGUAGGGCAUGGCUGCAGACCUUGCCCGAAUUGGACUGCAUCCGCACAAAGGGCACCAAGGCCAGCAAGAGUCGUUUCAAUUCGUUAACAACAGCUCAUGCUGCGUUGGACAAAGAAUGGUCCGUCCUGGCACUUGUUUUAACGGUGUGUUGUUUGGAACACAAGUGGACACUUUCCGCAAAGGACCUUUUCACGCAGGACAGCAACCAGGCUCGUGCCUCCUUAACACACGGUGGAAGCAAGUCCUCUGCUGUGAAGGAGGCAAAGGACUCCAUGAACGAAGCACGGCAGGGCAAUGCGAACAGUCUCCACACGAUGACGAAGUUCAUCAUCCUGCCGGACAACAAGACGACCGCCAGAUUGGUUUUCCUCGUGCUACAACCCGAGCAGCUUCGCUGUUCCAGGAUGCUGGAGGAGCUUCGUUCCAGUGCAUCCACGUUGGCGUAUUAUUCGGAGUGGUCACAUUGGAGCUGGAUGACCACUGCAAAGGAGCACCUGCAGACCUGGUCGAACUUGGACAAGCUAGCACGCCUUGGACUGGACCUUGCACUUUCACGUGCACGCCCGCCGGACGAAGAGGAGUUGGUUUGGCAGGACACUCUAGCCCUGCAAAUGACGAGGCUGACACAUCAGAUCUUGCGUUUGCGUGCCGGCGCACAGCUCUACCACACAUGCGGUUUCGGUGCUACUGCAGGACUUGUCCACAGUGACCCAGGGUUUCGUCGUUCCAGUUUGGACUACUUCAAAGAGAUGGACGAGUGCAUCAAAGACACACAGAGGAGUGGUUCCCUCAGGGCCAAGCAACUACUCGCAGGUCACUUUUCCCAUGGACAAAUCAGUCAGUACCUUCUCGCAGAACUGCAGAGCACUCGGUUUGACAACCUUACAGAGGAAAUCGAUCACGUUCUCCGAAGUAUUUGGUCUGGGCUCUUGAACACGAAGAUCAUCGAGGACUGCAACAAAGUUCAACGCGAAGCUGAACAACGACAUGGCACAGCAAAGGACUUAGGACACUUGGAUGGUUGGAAAUCUGUGAGCACGUCGGGCUUGGUCAAGAUGUACAAACGCGAGGAGGCAAUCACCAACCAGCUGCACCACACGCCGGCCGACUUUAACUUGACGAGCCUCUUCAGCAAGACGACGGCCAACAAUCUCGCAAAGCGUUCACGUCGUUCCACGAAAUCUGCGAGUGCAGAGAUGACCCCGGCGGAGAUCCAGGAGGCACAGCUCCUGGCAGACGUCACGAAGCGCAGGGACUGGGCGUCGCACAACCACUCGGAGGAGCAGGAGGUUCUCGCAGCAUAUUCCUUGUUGAGGAAGGCAUGGCGAGCCAAAACUUGGCAGUUGUGCGAAGAAGGCUGGUGCUCUGGACUCCUACCCGAAGGACACGCUGUACUCGCCGGUGAAUCCCCUUUGUUCAUCGUUCGGAGCUAUCGUGUGGCCUGUUUGGCAUGGCCUGGCAAGAUUGUGCACGACGCCGGGUCUGAUUUCUUCGAGUUCGACAUGACCGUUUCUUCUUUGUAUUGGAUGCACAGCACAUUCGUGGACACGGUUGUUUUGAAACUGCAAGCUGCUUCACCUUUACGUGUCCUGGCCAUGAUUUGCGAAAGUAUGCUAGUGACACAGGGAUUUACUAGUUUUCGUGAUCCCAUAUGA